UUGGAAAGCACUAAUUAUGAAUAAUUAUAAUUAAGAAGUUAUAUAUAAGUGUGCUAAUAGUAGUCUUUUUCAUACUUUAGUGUCGAUUGUUAUUUCCAAUACCAACUGUAGUUUAUUCUCACAAAGAUGACGAAUACAUUGCAAAAUUGGAGUCCUUAUGCCAAAAAAUAUGAUCCCUUGAAAGCAGGUAGUAUUGAUGGCACAGACACAGAGCCACAUGAUAAGGCCAUUAGACGUGCAAUGCAGGCACAUUAUGAACCACCUCAUGGAUUAAAAUCAAAGCCAGAGAGAACAUUAUUUGUUGCCAGAUUUGGUUCAAAAAUUACUAAACAUGAUUUAAAGGAGUUUUUUUCUAGGUAUGGAGAAGUUUUAUCAGCAAAAGUUAUAGUUGAUAUUGUAACUGGAUUAUCUCAAGGUUAUGGAUUUGUAGAAAUGAGAAGUGAAGACGAAGCUAGAAGAGUAAUUAGACGUUGCGUUGAUGCCACAUUAAAAGGAUACAAAAUUUUUAUAGAUUAUGAAUGUGGACGUACUUUGGAAGGGUGGAAACCAAGGAGACUUGGUGGUGGUUUUGGUGGCAAGAAGGGCUCAGGUCAACUUAGAUUUGGUGGAAAAGAUAGACCUUUUAAAAAGCCAAUUGUACCUAAUAUUAUAAAAUCUCAUCAUCAUAAUCAAGAUCAUCAUAAUCAAGAACAUCAUCGUCAUCAUCAUCAUCAUUAA